GGACUGCCUGCUGCUUGAAUUGAGGGCCUAGAACCAGGCACCAGGACAGUUAUACAUCUCUGAGCAGUCUCAUCUCGUGAGAGACAAUGCGCCAACAAGCUGCGGGUCAGCGAAGUCGUCGCCAGACUGCCCCGUCUGGACCGCCGGUGGAUAUUAAGGCCAAGGUGAUUGAUGAGCACGAGACCAUUCCGGAUGGUCUGGAAUCUUUCACCGACAUUAAGAAUGAGCUGGAAUUCGCGCAAUGGUAUACCGAUAUUGAGGGUAGUCUGCUUGAAGCCAGCUACGAUGAGUAUCAAGCAUGUUUACAGGAGCUCCAGUUGUCCAAGACCCACCUAGAUUCCUUGUUAUCGGAUACAUCAUCGACCCUUAAUCUUCUCACGAACCUGUCCAAUGACUUCAAAGCCGUGGAGUCGCAGACGUCCAAUUUCCAGAAGCAGUGCGAAGGGCUUCUCUCCGCGCAGAAGCACGAUCUGGAACUCGCUACGGACAUCCAGGAUAAUCUGCAGUACUAUGAAUUUCUCGAUCCCGCUUCAAGGCGGCUUAACGCUCCGGGUGCUGGAAAUACUGUGCGCGGGCAAGAGUUCUCAGAUAUGCUCAGACGACUCGAUGAGUGCUUGGACUACAUGGAGAUACAUACCGAGCAAAAAGAGGCCAGCGUGUACCGCUCCAGGUAUCGACUCCUGAUGACUCGAGCCCUCACUCUCAUUCGAACACACUUUGUCACUUCUCUGCGCGAUAUUUAUGCCGAUGCCUCCAGGAAGAUUGCCGACAAACAGCUCAAUGAGACAACGAUGUCCACCUUGCUGUAUGCGAAGUUCCGGGUCGGCGCACCGGAGCUGAAACAAAUUGGCCUCGAGAUCCAGAAACGUGCCGUGCCUCCGUUGGACCCCGACCAAGGCACGGAAGCUGAAUAUCAGAGCCUUCUCAACGAGCUUCACGCCAACUAUGCAGCGACUCGCGGGAAACUGAUGAUUCCGCUGGUCCGCAAAAACCUCAGCGACAUCGCGCAGUCGCCUACCUCGUCACAGGACCUGGUUUCUUUCGCUCGUGCGAGCAUUAGCUACAUCCGCGGGGUCUGCUUGGACGAGUUUGAACUAUGGGGGGAGUGGUUCCAUGGUCAGGGUGAGCUCUAUGACUUUCUCGAAACCAUCUGCGAACCUUUGUAUGAUCACCUCCAGCCCAGGAUCAUUCAUGAGGACAAGAUAGUCAAGCUUUGCCAGCUUUGCACGCUGCUGCAAACCCGAUACCUAUUCGAUCAGGAUGAGGAGUUGGAGCAACCUCUGGACGCCAAUCAACUCGACUUCACCACUUUAAUUCAACCUGCUCUGGAAGACGUUCAAACUCGCCUCGUCUUCCGUGCUCAGGCUUUCCUCCGCGACGAGAUCGAACGGUACAAGCCCCGUCCCGAAGACCUGGAUUAUCCAGCACGCAACCGGCAAUUCUCAAUCUCGGUCACGGAGGGCCAAAUCUCCGGCCGCAAGAUUGCUUCCGAGCCCAUUGUCAACAUCCAAAAGCCCACGAAACACAUCGAAGAUAGCACAGAUGCAGACCCGGAUGCGAAGUGGGAUCUUGAGACUCCAAAUGCCUUUAGUGGGUGGUAUCCGACUCUCCGUAAAGCCAUCUGGCUCCUGAGCCGCAUUUACCGGCUUGUCAAUUCGACUGUCUUCGACGAUCUCGCCCAUCAAAUCGUCCACCAAACCACCCUCUCCCUCCACUACGCUAGCACUCUCAUCCCCCCCUCAACUACUACAACCAAUCCCAAACCCGCAACUCCUACUCCCCCAACUCGUCUAGAGACCCACCGCCAACUCUUCCUAAUGAGUCAUCUCCUCAUCCUUAAACAACAAAUUGUCGCCUUCGACAUCGAAUAUGUCGCCCCGGAAACCUCUUUAGACUUCUCUGGUCUAACACACACCUUCUGGGAGCUUCGCGAAGAGCGCGGCGGCCUCUUCAACCCACGCAAUCUCGUCCGCCUGGUCGGCCAUGGCCUCCUGCCCCGCGUGGUCGAGAACAUGUUAGAUGCGAAAGUCGAAUUGGAUGGCCGUCUCCGGACCGUGAUCAACGACUUCAUCAAUGGAUUUGCCGGCACAAUGACCGCAUCACUGCCUGCGAAGUUCGUGGCCACCGCCACCGCUCAGAGACAGGCGGCGGCGGAGUGGAUCUAUCCGACGUGUCGGAACAUCGAAACUGAGGUGCUGGGACUGAGGCGCGUGUUGGGGGAGUACCUGGAUGAUCUGCGGAUGCGGGAGACGUUGGUAGGGGCGGUUCAAGAUCGGGUAAUCCAGAUUUACGAGGAGUUUUGGGAGAGGUUUGUCGCCGAGGAGAGACGAAGCGGGUCAAUGGCUGCAGGAGCGAGAGGGAAGGGGAAGGGGAAGGGACGUGAGGACGAUGUCUGGGAUGUGGAUACUUUUGCGGAGUGGUGUGAGAGUGUCUUUCGAGUGGGUAUCUCGGGGGUAAAUGAUGACGAUGAUGCUGUUGGUGAUGGAAAUACUUCAAGUCAGACAGGGAGCCUCGGCUCACUGCAGAAUCAAUAGAUUGAGGGGCAGGUGAAGUUGUAAAUAGUCA